GGCAUAUGAUUUUCUGCUUGAGUGAGAGAUACCAAAGAAAGUGGGAGCAGAGCCAACAGAAUAUAAAAGUAAUAAGUUGUGGCAGUAAACCUUUGUGCUAAGAGUAUUUGGACUCUGCGACAACUUUAAUGAUCAUCAUUCAAAAAAAGGUGGGAGUGAGACCUUGCUGGCCAGGUUGGACCAAUCUACUGCACUGCGUUCACUUUCUCUACUGGUGAAUCCUGGCUAGGUGAAUCUGGGUUGCAGCGAUAUGAGCAUCACUUCUAAAACCACUCUGGACAGUCAGCUAAUCACUAACCAUUGGGCUUCUACCAACUAUUAUCAUCAUGAUGUUCCAGUGGUGAUGUCUGGGUACACCAGUAGUCACCUGUGGCCUCAUAAUUCACAGCCGCAGUCCUGGAGUAAAUAUCAAGUGUGGGAGUGGCUGCAGCAGGUCAUGGACGUAAACCAGAUUGAUGCCUCCAACAUCCCCUUCCAAAAUUUUGAUAUGGAUGGCCACCAGCUCUGCAACCUCACCUACCAGGACUUUGUCCAUGCUGCAGGAAGCCUGGGACCCAUGCUCUUCCACAGCAUAACACAGCUCAAGUGGACAGAAUACCAUGUGGAAAUUGGUCAAGUGGAACUAAGACCAGAAUUAGACAUUUUCUGUCCAUUUUCAGAAGUCAAUUAUCCACAAACAGAUGUCUAUGACUCAUCGAUUCACCCUCAUGUUCCAGCUGUCUCGCCUACCCCUUCCAGCCCUGAAAUCAAAAUGUCCUACAGUCGUCAGCAUCAGCUCAAAAAACACAAUCCAAGGUCAACCCAUUUGUGGGAAUUCAUCAGAGACAUUCUACUGCAUCCUGAAAGCAACCCAGGCCUGAUCAAGUGGGAGGAUCGGACAGAAGGGGUAUUUCGCUUUCUUAAAUCAGAGGAUGUGGCACAGUUGUGGGGCAAGAAGAAAAACAACAGCAGCAUGACCUAUGAAAAGCUGAGUCGGGCAAUGAGAUAUUACUACAAAAGGGAAAUCCUAGAACGAGUAGACGGGCGCAGACUCGUGUACAAAUUUGGUAGGAAUGCCAGAGGAUGGAAGGAGUCUGAGAAAUAAAUUAUUCAUAAUAUUUUUAUAGGCUUGAAGGCUGUAUGAUUUUGAUUAAUAAAAUGGAUCUUGUUGAGAUCUAUCUGAAACUCUAUGACGUCGAACUUUUGCCGAAACAGCAGUGGAAGUUGUUUACGUGAGUAAAUCAAAAGACGUUGCAUAUAACAAACUGUGUUGCAUGAUGAUAGAGCCGAUUGUCCCAAAUGAAGACAUGUUGAUACAAGUCAGAUGGCUAAUACUGCAAAUGAGGUCACUUACUGUAUAAGUAUGGGAAGAAUGAGAAUCAGUUUAAAAAUGGAAAAAAAAAAAAAAAAAACCACAAAAGACAAAAGACAAUGUUGCUAAAUAUAAACAUCCUGUAAUUUAACUUCUUAUCUUAUUUUGCAUGCUGCAUUUCUUGCAAUGUUUUUAGUGUAUG